AGAAAGAAGAAUCAUUAAUGGAGAUGUUUAAGUUUAUAACGAACUUAGCUCAUCAGCACGAGCAGGUGGUGCCUGUUUCAGUGUUCGUGGCAAUUCUCUGCCUGUGUUUAGUCAUUGGACAUUUGUUUGAAGAGAACCGAUGGGUGAAUGAAUCAAUCACUGCAAUCAUAAUUGGAAGCAUAGCUGGAACAGUAAUCUUGUUAUUGAGCAAAGGAAAAAGCUCUCACAUCCUAAGAUUCGACGAACAACUGUUCUUCAUUUAUCUCCUUCCCCCUAUUAUAUUCAAUGCAGGAUUUCAGGUGAAGAAGAAGCAGUUCUUUCAGAACUUUAUAACCAUCAUGCUGUUCGGAGUGAUCGGGGUUUUUAUCUCUUCCGCAAUCGUUACAGCUGGCAGUUGGUGGCUGUUUCCCAAGCUAGGAUUUGGUGGUUUGACUCCACGAGAAUACCUGGCUGUGGGAACUAUUUUCUCAUCAACAGAUACAGUUUGUACAUUACAGGUUCUUCAUCAAGAUGAAAAUCCUUUAUUAUACAGCCUAGUCUUUGGGGAAGGAGUAGUGAAUGAUGCAACAUCGGUUGUUCUCUUCAACGCGAUUCAAAAGAUCGAUGUUACGAGAAUUAACAGCCAAACAUUUCUCAAGUUGAUUGGUGAUUUCAUUUACCUGUUCUCAACGAGUACUGCACUUGGAGUCACUUUCGGACUUGUAACCGCGUAUUUGCUCAAAACCUUAUAUUUCGGAAGACAUUCGACUGUCCGUGAACUUGCUAUUAUGGUUUUAAUGGCAUAUCUGUCGUACAUGUCAGCCGAGCUUUUAGACCUUAGUGGUAUCCUCACUGUUUUCUUCUGUGGAAUUCUGAUGUCACACUAUGCAUCGUACAAUGUGACCGAAAGCUCAAGAAUCACGACAAGGCAUAUAUUUGCAAUGAUGUCAUUUGUUGCAGAAACCUUCAUCUUUCUCUAUGUAGGAAUGGAUGCACUUGAUAUGGAGAAAUGGAAGAUGACUAGACUGAGUUAUACGACUUUGAUGGGCAGCUUCGGCACCUUAGUUCUUCUAAUAUUGCUCGGACGUGCUGCAUUUGUGUUUCCUCUCUCCAUUGUUUCCAAUUUUAUGAACAGGCGUCCUAACAGACCACAUCCAUUAACUUUUAAACACCAGGUGGUUAUCUGGUGGGCGGGGUUAAUGCGAGGUGCGGUAUCGAUUGCAUUGGCUUUUAAACAGUUCACAUUUUCUGGUGUUACAUGGGAUCCGGUUAAUGCUGCAAUGAUAACUAACACCAUAAUCGUUGUCCUAUUCAGUACGAUGGUAUUUGGUUUCUUAACAAAGCCCCUUAUACUCUGCCUGCUUCCUAACCGUGUAACUGACACGAGUGACGGCGGUCAAGGAUCGAAAUCCCCAAUGGAGGACUUGACCCUACCUUUCCUCUCCUUCGAAGAAUCUGCCACAACCAAUAUCCUUCGCGCCAAGGAUAGUUUGAGUAUGUUGUUCGAAAGGCCUGUCUACACGGUGCAUUACUAUUGGAGGAAGUUCGAUGACAAGUAUAUGAGGCCGAUAUUCGGAGGCCCUCAUAGCAGUUCAUCAGAAUGUUAGAUAGCUACUUCAUCCUUUGCUAAUUUCAGGAAAGUAGUUAUGCGCAGCAGGUCAG